GGAACCCUUCGAGGCUUUCAGUUCAUACUGGAGGAGGACGGUGAUUGAGAUGGUUUGGCAGAUUGUGCUCUUGUCCCUCCUGUGGACUGGGGGGGCUGACACUCAGAACACAUGCUCGGGUCUUUGUGGACAGAGGCCACUGGUCAGCAACAUCGGCAAUCGGAUCGUUGGGGGCGCAGACGCGAGCCAAGGGGCUUGGCCCUGGAUAGUCAGUAUACAGGUACAGUAUUGGAAUGGUAGUUACAGGAAACAUAUAUGUGGCGGCUCCCUCAUCGCUCCGAAUUGGGUUCUCACUGCUGCUCAUUGCUUUGGAGAUCAAGCCAAGAACUAUAAUCUCUGGCGGUUUAUGAUUGCCGCUCGGGAUAUUCAGAUCGGGUGGAUCCAUGGCGCCUUGGACUCUCGAGUGCAGGAGCGAAAGCCUGUCAAGAUUAUCCUACAUGAACAGUAUAAUGAGCACUUUAUGAAAAAUGAUAUUGCAGUGGUCCAGCUGGACAGACCCAUAGUGUGUGGGGACCUGAUCCGCAUUGCCUGCCUGCCUCGGACUAGCGAGCCCCUAUUUACGUCUAAGGAGAAGUGUGCCAUUGCUGGCUGGGGGCUCACAGCGGAAGGUGGUACCCCACCUAAGACACUACAGGAAGCCGAGGUUAACAUGAUUGACACGAGGACAUGCAAUGGAAGCCGCUGGUACUAUGGGGCCAUUCACACAAGCAACCUUUGUGCUGGCUACGUAGAGGGAAAGAUCGACACUUGUCAGGGGGACAGCGGUGGGCCGCUCAUGUGCAAAGACCCGUACAGCGGCACCUAUGUGGUGGUUGGCGUCACGAGCUGGGGAUCCGGCUGUGCCCAAGCCUAUCGGCCAGGCAUCUACACAUCCACCUGGCACUUUCUGGACUGGAUCUCCUCCAAGAUUGGGUCGGACAUUUCCUACAUUCAGCUACCUCCUCAGCCCACGACCCUAGUCACUCUGCCCCAUACCACGGCGAGACCUCCUUUUCCCUGGUUGUGGACCCCCUGGUGGUUAAAGUCCACUGCCUCCCAGAUGUGGCUCGCUCCUUCCAGGGGUGCUUCUGAGACGUGGCCCAGCAAUGAGCCCUGGCCUCCCAGCGGUUCCUUAACAGGUUCCCCUGAGUACCCCAACCCUGGGCUCGUCAAGGCCCAGGCUCUGGGUCCCAGCCAGGCCCUGCCUCCCCCGCUCCCCUUCCCGAAACACUUGAGAUUGCUCAUGGACUCCAUGAAGAGCAACAAGACCAAAUAGAGCUCGAGUGCUGUCCACAGGCGGGUCGGCUGCAGCCUGGCCUUUUGUCCUCGACCCCCUAGUAAGAGUCAAUAAAGUUGUAUGUGAAGCUGG